UGGAGUUCAAUUUAAACGUGAUUAUUAAACCGCGUUCGUGUUUUCAAACAGGACGACAGAGGAAAAAGUUUAAAGUCAGACUGUGUUUUUUUGGAGACCGUAUUUUAGCUUGUUAGCGUUAGCCUAAUAGCUAGUAGUGCGAUGUCUCGAUUGAAAAUGUGCUAAUUUAUUGCUUGUUUCGUUGCUGAUUGAGUAAAGUUUCAGAUAAGAAAUGUAUAAAGACAUAUUACGAGUCGCUAAAGGCCCGGUUUUAAUUCGGCUUACACACUAAACAGCAGAGCUGAUUCUCCGCGGCUUUACGCUUCGAGGUUUGUAAUGAGCUCCGUGACAGAAGUGAAGCCUGUAAUGUUAAAGACUUGGAAAUGACAAAUCUCCUCCCUCUGCUUGUCCUGGAACUGCGGUUUGAUUUAGCGCUGGCUUGUUUAUUAGCUGAUUCCCAGAAGUCAUAUUAAAAUCAUUCAGACACGUUAUGAAUCUGUAAGAACACUGCUUUACAUUCAUAUAUGACGGACGUCAGAGGAGAAGCUUCAUCUUUGCAGGUACAGCUGCUGAGAGGUCAGAGGUCAGCACACCUUCAUCAUGGUCAAACAGCCACAGAGGACAGACAGGUGUUUUAUACCCACUGCAGGAAGUGCAUUGGCGAGGGUUCGAUUCCCUGUCUGUGCUGCUCAGAGGAGGCUGCCUCCACCCCAGCAGGUGUCAGAAACAGGAAGUACUGAUAGCUGGCCACGCUGCAGCUCCACCGCCACAGAAGAAGAGAGGGGUGCUGAUGGGCCCAGCCAGCCUGGAGGCGCGGGGUUGGAGGGGGGAUCAGGAGAAUCGGACUCAAAGCGAGCGAGGAUGGAGGACGACGCUGCUCCGCCCGGCAGAGUCCCUGGGUCAUGUGCUCCAGCGGCAGAUGUUCCUCCUCCCGGCCAGCAGGGGGCAGCAGAGCACAGCGAGGGCAGCAGAGCGGCCGAGCUGCAGGGCGUGGGGUCACUGAAGGUCACAAUCCUGCAGAGCAGCGAGAGCCGAGAGUUUGGACAGACGGACAGGAAGGCCGAGAGACAGACGGGAGGACUCCACUGUCAUGUCUGUGACCUCACGUGUCGCUCUCUCCUGCUGUUUCAGGAGCACAUGGCAGGACCUGAACACGUGAAGAAGCUGCAGGAGAUCACACACUCCAUCCACCUCAACACACACACACCGCGGGACAGCAGGGGGCGCCGCUGUGAGUCGCAGCGCUGGUGCGACACCUGUCAGACUCACUUCAGCGGUGAUGUCAUCAUUCAUCGCCGGACGAAACAACACAAGAUGUGCAAGCAGCUUUGCCGGCCCUUCUGCCCGGUGUGUGGACGUCACUUCAGGACACCCAGGAAGUUUGUGGAGCACAUGAAGUCAUCGGAACAUAAACAGCAGGUGCUCCUGGAGGAGGCUCAGGAGGAGGAGCUCAUCACUGUGGAUGCUGUCGGCUGCUUCGAGGAGGAGGGGGAGGAAGAGGAGGAGGGGGCAGUGGUGGAGGAAGAAGUGGACGUAGCUGACGAGGAAGAGGAUGCAGCAACAAAGGAGGACGCAUCAGAGGUGGCUGAGGAAGACGAGGACAAGCGGCGAGCAGAGUACGACCCCAGCACGGCGUGCGGAAGCAGUUUUGUGGUUCCUGUUUGCGGCUUCUUGUGUCGACUCUGCAAAAAGUUUUUCUACAGUGAAGCUGCAGCUCGACACACACACUGCAGGACACGCACACACUACCUCCACCUGCAGAGACACCGUGCGAGGCGCCGAGGACAGAGAGACGAGGACCGAUCUGCUCCGCCCUGACCGCCUCAACAGCUGCAGGUUUCCACCUGAGCGGGACACCUGUACGAUGACUGACAGUGGUCAGUUUCAUCGUCGUUAAUAUGCAAAUUGUCUUGAAGACAUUAAUAAAUCAUGUUUUCAUAACCGGC